AUGUCUCGACAUCCAGCUGCCAGAACGAGGCUUCUGCGUCAGUUGCUCAGGUGUCCGGCCGGAAAGUACGAUUCUGAGGAAGAGCAGCAACAUCGGCACACGAGGCGCUUAGACCACAUUGGAGUCUUCCUUCUCCUCGCACUCUAUGCAGUCAUACUGAAUGCGCUCGCAUUUGGAGCAGAGCUGCCAGUUCUGAAACCCCCGCGACUUGUCGUCGCUGCUCAGCUGGCAGUUGGACUACUUGCUGUGUUCAAUCUCUAUGUUGAAAUCUAUUCGUUGCCACGUGGCACUAAAGAAGCCGAAGAUGAUUUCCUGGUAACAUAUGGCCCUUUUGGCAGAUGGGUUUACCUCACUCAUCAGACGAUCGGAGCUUUGGCUGUCCAUGCUCUUGCUUCGGCAGUGUUGCCUUUUGUCAGCAGACGUUUGGCCUACGGCAACUACCGCUUGAGUCCCGUUAUUGGCGCCUGCGGGGUCUUUGUGACGAUACAAUAUUUCAACCUCGUGAAGAGGCACCCGGACCACGAGAAAACGUGCCAGCUUUGGGCUGCUCGCGGCGUGCGCUUCGGGCUUUUGGACGCUUUGCGUCACGUCCUGCCCAUUGUCGUCAGCGUCCUAGACAUCCUCUUCAAGAGCCGAGACGCACUCCUUGAGGCCAUGCCGUCUGCUUUGGGCCUUGUCCGCCUUCAUCUUCUUUAUGUCGUUGUCUUCCUGAUUGGCAUACACGUGAACCACCGUUUGACCGGUCGUUGGCCGUACGGCUUCAUGAAGGAUCUUGGCUUGAGUCCAUCCCGGUGGCUUAUGUUCUUGAUGGUGCAAGGAUCUAUUUUGUCCGCGUGCGGCCUGGCAUUGACUGGGCUUGCAACUCUAUCUCUAGGGUGA